CUGGUGGAUUGUAAAGCGAGUCGAUCGAGAGAAAAGACUCACGUUUCCGCUCGAGGUGUGUUAGGUGAGCCGCCAGUUGCAAUGCUUACAGUCUCAGUGAGCUUUCCAUCGCUGGCGAGAGCCGCGUGUGUCAAAAGUGCAUGAUGUGAAAAACACAGUCGCAACUUGAGGACAGACUAUUCUAUAAUCUUAAGGAAAAAUUGAUUCUUUGAUCAACUUGAGGAAGUGAUAGAGGAAGAGUGGAUUCUACUUAUAUUUUUCUUCUGGCUGGUUGAGCAGUUUUAAAAUCAUGCAACAUGAAUGUAACUAACAGCACUGGAGCAGAGGGGCUCGCGCCCUGGAACUUUAACGGCUCAUUGAGCAACCUGUCAAGUGAUGGCAACCUCAGCUGUGACAGCAGCAGUGCCAAUGGCUCAUGUACUGUGGUUGAGGCUAAUGCCGAGAACCCCUACAAGACGGUGGAGAUGGUUUUCAUUGCACUGGUAACAGGAUCUCUCAGUUUUGUCACUGUCGUGGGCAACAUCCUUGUCAUGCUCUCCAUCAAGGUCAACAGGCACCUUCAGACCGUCAACAACUACUUCCUUUUCAGCCUGGCCUGUGCGGAUCUCAUCAUCGGCGCAUUCUCCAUGAACCUUUAUGCAGUCUACAUCAUCAAAGGUUACUGGCCACUCGGUCCUGUAGUGUGUGACCUAUGGCUAGCAUUGGAUUAUGUGGUCAGCAACGCCUCUGUUAUGAACCUGCUGAUCAUCAGCUUCGACCGCUACUUUUGCGUGACCAAACCCUUAAGUUAUCCCACACGCCGAACCACUAAAAUGGCAGGGCUUAUGAUCGCUUCUGCCUGGAUUCUGUCGUUCAUCCUCUGGGCUCCCGCUAUCCUGUUCUGGCAGUUCAUCGUAGGAGAACGGACCGUGGAACCUGGUGAAUGCUACAUCCAGUUCCUGUCCAACCCCGCUGUCACGUUCGGCACGGCUAUAGCUGCAUUCUACCUGCCUGUGGUCAUCAUGACAGUGCUGUACGUGCACAUCUCUCUGGCCAGCCGUAGCCGUGUGUCCAAGCAGAAACCAGAAGCCAAAAAGGAAAAGAAGCCAAGCAGUCUCCUCAAGAGUCACAUCUUAAAGCAGAACAACAACAACCAGUCUCUUCCCAAGCCCAGCUUGGAAUCGUGUUCAACACAAGACACCAUGAAGAACGGGAAACUGGAUGAGUCUGUGGUGUCUACUAAAGCCGACUCCUGUGUGCACCCAGAAGAAAAAGAGAGCUCCAAUGACUCCAGCACUGCCAGCAUAGCACCUAAAGAGCCCAAAGAGAGGGCAAACAGCGAGGUUACGUCAGACGCCGGUCUGACACCUGCGCCGGCACCUUUGUCUAAACCCAAUCCUAAAUCCAAGUGGUCCAAGAUUAAGAUUGUUACCAAACAGGCAGGAGACGAGUGCAUCACAGCCAUUGAGAUUGUCCCACCCAACAGUACAGGCGAGAGGCGGUCCAUCCCUGUGAACCGUACCCGUACGGUGGCCCGGAAGUUUGCUAGCAUCGCUCGCAGCCAGGUGAAGAGGAAACGGCAGAUGGCAGCUCGAGAGAAGAAAGUGACAAAGACAAUCUUUGCUAUCCUGUUGGCUUUCAUCAUCACGUGGACGCCGUACAACGUGAUGGUCUUAAUCAGCACAUUCUGUCAGUCUUGUGUUCCAGACACGGUUUGGGCUAUUGGCUACUGGCUCUGUUAUGUCAACAGUACCAUCAACCCUGCUUGCUAUGCACUUUGUAACGCCACGUUUAAAAAGACCUUUAAAAACCUUCUCAUGUGCCAAUAUAAGAAUAUUGGGACCAGAUGAGCUGAGAGCAGGGUGCCAGCGGUGGAGGGUACAAAAGCUGUGCAGUACAUUGUGAGGCUUCAUAAUCCCAUAAUGCGUAAUCAGUUUGCUGCACCAUCACCAAACAUUCAUGUACUUUAAUGAGGAAUUUGUUAACAGGAUGGAGAUGGUGGAGUUCUCACACGAAACUGUCGGACUGAUGUUAAGAUCAUGAAGCAAAUAUAUUCUCCAAUUGAUUGAUCAUUGAUGAACUUGGACCAUUGGAAUUGAAAUGUGAAGGAUCAGGCCAGUCCACAUUAGGUUAAAGUGAAAAAUUAACAGCCAGCAUCCUAGGAAAGUGCAAUAGAGGUAUAUGGCAAAGAGACAUAUUGUUAAAAGAAUGAAAAUGCUGAAUUAAGUGAUAUUUGAUUCAGUCAUUUAAUAUCUCUCCACUAUAGCACAAAUGGUAUUCAUCUAAUAUUAACACUGUUUAUGAUUACCAUAUGGAAAUGAAUCUAAACACUUUAUAGUUGUGAUUGAAGAAAAUAUCACUGCCAUAUACACAUAAAUAUAUGAAAUAUGAAAACUCUUCCAGUUAAAUGGCCCCGAAAGCACUCUCGAAUGAGUUUGCAUUUCAUUUCUGCACCUUCCAUAUGAAAUGCAAAGUGGAGGAACUCUGAAGUUGUUUGCUGACCACAGCUGUCUAGUCCAUUGCAUUUAUACCAAGACGAAUUCAGGGCAUGAGGUUCAGCUUUGGAGAUGUCAUCAUUAUCCUCUUAGCAUGAUCCUCUUGCGGUUUUGGAAUAGGUCAAAAUUGAAAAGGAUCUCCUCAAUGGAUUAGGAUAUGCAUUAUAGACUUUCAAUGGGAGGAGACACUAUACUGAGCUAUAAGAACUGUCACUGUAAGGGUUUGACCUUGCAGAUGUGUGUAAAUAUGUUUAGUUUAUGGUCUGAAUAUAUGCUCUUGAAAGUAUUAUUUCUUCCUGCAUUUAAUGUCUGGAUGUUUGUGUUCCUCUUGUAUUUAGUUGGUGAUUAUGUGAUUUAAAAAAUUAAAUAUUAAAUGUAUUGCUGUCUGUAUGGAAAACGGUUUAAAUCAUUUAUAAUUUGUGAUAUAGUUGGAAGAACUAGGAGAUAACUUUUAUUUAAACAGUUUCUAAGAUGUUCAAUUUCAAACAUUUAAUUUCAAUUGCAGCAUACAGUACAUAGAAUAGCAAACAUGAAAAAUGUGAAAUUGGUUUUCUAUCCACACCCAAUAAUAAUAAUAUUUACUCAUGGUGCAAUGUAGUUUAGUCAAGUUUUGCGGAUAGUUUAUAUUUUACAGUUUGUAAUUGACGAAACGGCACCCUGCAAACUUUAAGGAAAUUUAUCUUAGACUGAUUGUUUAAAAAUUAUUAUUCGGAAAAGAGGGGGAGAAAUAACUGUUUUAGGACUUGUUUUACAUUACCAGUAAGCUGUCAGUUUCAGCAACUACAGACUGUGCUUUAAAGCAUUAAACCAAAGAAGUCUGUUAUUAUUAAAGGGGUCAUAUUGCGCCAAUACGCGUUGUUCCGUGUCUUUGGUCUGUUAUAAGUUGCCCAUGCAUGUACUAGAUACGUAAAAUUGCAAAAAUUAAAGUAUCGGAACAGAAGAUUCAUUCUAUCUGAAAGUGAAUACUCACCCAGACCUGCCUGAAACGCCUCUUGUAACCACACCCCCACAAAUCUACGUCAGUUUGUGGUAUGAUUUGACAAAGGCUGCCCAAAUGUAUACGCAAGUAAGGUGGGCGUACCUGUCAGUCCAGGUACCUGUCAUUGCUUUGGAACCUGACGUUUCAAAUAUGGUAAGAGGCAUUACAUUUCUGUCCCAUCCUUGCAGUAUUCGACCAAUCACUUCGCACUGGUUAACUGGCCAAUCAUAGCACACCUUGCAGAGCGAUGAGUAAAAAAAUCGCAAAGACGCGGGGCAAAGUACGGUGUUUUUUAAACCUUAAAUCGUUUAUACACUGGUAGUGAGAUUACUCAUUCAUCAGUAUAAGAACAUUAGCAUCAUUUUAAGAUGCAGAGACUUGGGUUCAUGUUUCUACCUCAUAAUCGAAUUUCCAUUCACACUGUAUUACCAAACCAGAGUGGUAAAGACAGAUUAAGUGACUCUUAUUCCAUUGCAAAAAAAUCUAACAUCCUUUAUCCAUUUUUUCUUGCUGCUUCAAGCCUUUUUCUGUGAAGCUACACAUUGAUGAUUGAAGCUCAGUUUACAGUCUAAAUAAUUCUUAGAAAAACAUGCUUAAGUUUCAACAACUGAUAUGCAGUUAUUAUGUCUAUUUAAAUGAAAUGAACAAAUGAUUUAACUCAAGUGAGGAAAGGUAUUGCAGAGCUUUAUGAAACCUUACCUCCUUUUCUUACAAUCUGAAGGAGUUUAAUCAUGUAACUUUUGCCCUUCUGUAUAUCUGAAAAUAGCAAAGUCCUAUACUUAGUAUUUGACAGCUGGCAAAUAUAGAUUUACACAUAUUUCCUCAGGUCUCCAAAUCGAGGGGCUAAACUUCUAUUUUAAAUGUCUAUAAAUGUCUAUGUAGAGGGAUUCAUGAAGAAAUACCCAAAAAUGGCAAAUAAACUUCUAACAUCCCACUAAAGCUGAUGGAAUGAACAUACUGUUAUUAUGGACGUCUUUACCACUGUCCUUAAAGAACCUGUGUACAUAAAAGUGUAUGGUUCUUUUUCUAUUGCAUAAAAGCGUAAUAAAGCUCUUGAGCUCAUUUACUGGGAUGAGAGGAGAAUGAUUAUUUUUGCAUUUUCAUGUACGCACGUAUGUAUGACCUGCUUUUUUUAAAGAUUUUGGGG